ACGACAUGGUGGGUGUGUUCUUAGCUGACAAUUAGUGUUUGGUUUCACAUGAUAUUCGUUCAGUCAACAUGCGUUCCUCCCACAACUGUGUAUCCGGAGACCACCAUUCUUUUUUUGCGUAAAUAGUGAUAUUAUAGUACCAGUGUGCAGCAACAAAAUUGACCGCAUAACAUAUUUGUUUAAUUACGCCAAGUGCAUGAACUGGGAUGUCUGCAACGGACUGGUACGCGCACAAAUCCAUCGGAGAAGGUCUGUACUGGAUCCAGGAGAAGUUUUUUGAUUCGUCAAACAGAGCAAAUAUUUGGCUCCUUCGAGGGUCUCACCAAGAUGUAGUGAUAGACACAGGCUUGGGGUUGAGGAGUUUACCAGAUUACAUUAACACCAAAGGUCUGCUUGGAGACGACCCGCAGCGAAAGAACCCCAUUUUGGCGAUCGCCACCCACGCCCACUUCGACCACUCAGGUGGUCUGCAUCAGUUCGAACAGGUGGGAGUCCACAGUGCAGAGGUCGAUGCACUGGCCAACGGAGACAACUUCGAGACCGUUACGUGGCUGUCUGACAGAGAGAUAGUCCAGGCUCCCUGGCCAGGAUGGAGGGCCAGAGGAUACAGGGUCAAGGCUGUACAACCAACACACAUACUACAAGAAGGUGAUGUCAUCAACCUGGGCGACAGGCAGCUGAAGGUGCUGCACAUGCCCGGCCACUCCCGGGGCAGCAUCUGCCUGCACGACGGGGACAACAAGAUGCUGUUCAGCGGGGACGUGGUCUAUGACGGAGCCAUGAUCGACUGGCUGCCCACAAGCCGUGUCAGCGACUACGUCAGUAGCUGUGAGCGCCUGGUUGGGCUGGUGGAUAGUGAGCAGGUGGACCAGGUAAUGCCUGGACACUAUCACACGUUUGGUGCAAAACGGCUCCACCACAUCGCCUCGGGGUACAUCGACAGAGCCGGCACCUGCCCAGCACGCUUCUCCACGUUUGCCUGGAGGACCUUGGCCGGAUUGGCGCUACGGGCAUCCAACACACAUGGCAUCUGCUAGCCACAUGGCAUCUGCUAGCCACAUGGCAUCUGCUUGCCGUAUGGGAUCUGCUAGCCACAUGGCAUCUGCUAGCCACAUGGCACCCCCAGUUUGAAUCUUUUGCAGAGUUAGGUUGGGGGAUGUGAGGAAUAUAAUUCACCCCCUCAAUUAACAGGAUUUCCUUGUACUGUCUAUUAUAAACUUAUGUGAUCCAAAGUAUGUUAUUUUAAAUGAUUCAUCAAAAUGCUCCCAUUGAAUUAGAUCAGGCAAUGAUUGACAGAAUAUUGAGAUUCCCAUUAUUACAGGAUUCAUUAAAGACUGGAAAAUAAACCUUGUUUAUUAUGUAAUAUUAAGAUAAAUAUUAGGUUGUGUGAUCGUUGGAAUGCUCUUUCCCAUGAGGCAGCCUCUCAUAUGACAGUGUUUCUUAACCCCAGUACCUCGGGAGUCCCCACAACUACUCAAGCUCUUGAUCAUUAGUUGAGUAGCUGAAUCAGGUGUGCUGUCGCUGGGCUAAAACAUAUUUAAGAAACCUUAGGGAGGCCCGCUUGGACUGGAGAUGAAUAACAUAGUUCCCUUAGGGGACACAAUGUGACAGCACAACACCUACACAGAGACAGACCGACAGACAGACAGACAGACAGGGCAUGACUCAUCAGUAUCUUUUAUAACAUUGUCCCCAGGCUAAGAGAGAGGGAGACAGCCAGCUGGUGGAGGAGACCUAUAUAUUUUGUAACACUAGUCUCGGGCGGGCCAAGUUUUAAAAAAAAUUUUUUGUCAGUGUUAUCUAAUAUUUAUUAAUUCCAUUAUUUUACUUCUAGAUGUGUGUAUUGUGGUGAAUUGUUUUUAGAUACAACUCUACUGUUCGAGCUAGGAACAGAAGCAUUUUCUCUACACCCACAAUAACAUCUGCUAAAUAUGUGUAUGUUACCAAUACAACUUCAUUCAAUUUAUUUGACUUAAACCAGAUAUAAAGUAUGUAGAAAAUAUAUAUUUAUAAACAGGAUUAUAUUUGAGAACUAACAAUCACUGAAAUAAAAGCUAGACAGUCAGGGAGAAUAAAAAAAAUAAUCAAUGGAUUUUGUUUGAGUCACUCAGAUAGCAUAAACAUGGCAAAAUGUGUAGAAUUGUAGGACAUUUUCUUAGAAAAAAAAAGUCGGCCUCAUUGCAAAAUGUGUAGAAUUGCAGCAACUUUGCUUUAGAACAGCUACAUUUAGUCACUGGAGCCAACAGGAAGGCCUCUAAGUAUUUGUUAGUUCUCAAAGAGAAUAAAGUUCCUGACUUUUUUCUUUUAAGAAAAUGUCCUACAAUUCUACACAUUUUGCCAUGGUUUGUACCAUCUGAGUGACUCAAACAACAACAUUUAUUUAAAAAAAUUAUUUAAAAAAUAUAUAUUCUCCCUGACUGUCUAGCUUUUAUUUCAGUGAUUAAGUCAACAGCUGCACCAUUGGCCAUGCCCCCCACCUAAACCCCAUUUGAAUCCAGAAAAAGCCCGCUCUGUAUAAUCCAUCACACUCGCAAUAGAAUAAAUGUGUUAGCACAUUCUUGAAAUGAGACAAACCAGUUACUGUGUGGUUUUCCUUUUACUUUCAACACUGUGAAAAUGGCAUUUUCAACAAGCACAAAAUCCUAUUGAAAGAUUCAUGUGACAAUUUCGCUGCUUCCCAAUUCUUUACCCUUUUCCCAAAGUGUGCACUUUUACCCUCCACAUCAUAGAUUUAACAAGGGUGGAAAGUCUGUCUAGCAAAGGAUUUUACCAAUCCACAAUUCUUUUAAAUCCAUGACUGUUCAUGUGUGGAAGUGCACACUGGGAGACGGGUGGAGAAUCGCGACGCAGCCUUGGAUUCCAUGUGCAGAGAAUUAUCGUGAUAUCUAGGUCAAUGGCUCUUAGAGCACAUUCAGACUUCAACUCUAAAUGGGUGAAAUAUUAAUUCAGUCUCUAAACUAUAUAAAAACAAAAUACUUUGGCAUGCACUCGUUUUAUUAUUUAUUUUGAAUAAAGUGUGUGGGCAUGUUCUGUAAAUAGAAUGGGUCUAUGUUGACAUAGGUUUUUGGUCAACUGACACAGAGUUAGUCAACAUUGACAAAAAGCACAUGAUGUUUGAUCUAGAGUUAGUGGAUGGCUUUAAUCCUCAUGUCAUACUGACGUGACAUUUCUACUGGGAUUAUACGAUGUAUAUCAUUUCCACUAAAAAGGAGAGAUGACAGAAUAAAUAAUCCAAGGCUG